UGGUAAUUAUAGUAACGUAAAUACGUUAACCAUUCCAUAAUGGCGGAUCGGGAAAUGCACAGAAUAAGAGUCAUGUCUUACGUAAGAAGCAAUUAAAUUUAUUUGCAACAAUUUGAUUGACAGGCUGGGUAAUGCUCAUUGUUUGUUACAUAACGUUAAUGCAUUCAACUGUGUAUAUAUACCUUUAAAAAUUACCAACAUAUCAAUUCAACAGAAACAUCAAAACAACAAGAACACCAAGAACUCAAAAAACCAAAAUAUUCAAACAUGAAGUCGCUGGUCGCUUUAAUCACUGUUCUCGCUGGAAUUGUAUACAGUAGCCCAUUAUUACGACUGACGUCCGACCCAACGGCGUCUCCACAACCUGUCGGUCCAUGUAACGCUUUGGAUCAAUGUGCCAUUUUCGGCGGUUUUAACGUUGGCAACUUCCGACUUAGCUCCGACCCACAUGUCUUUGUCACUUGCACAGGCACCGAAAUUAUCACAUGUCAGCGAUGCCCAGCUCAGUUAUUCUUCUCAAAUAAAUGUAACGCUUGUAUGGAAGAGGAAGAUGAUAGUCUAAACGUGUGCACAACCACACAACCCGUCAAUCCCGUUACAACACCAUCAUAUAACAUGAAUUGGUGCAAGGAACCACCAAGAAACGGUAAUCACGUCGGAAACCUCGCUGAUCCAGACAACGAACACUUCUACUUUGCAUGCGUGUAUGACGUCACCUACCACAUGCCUUGUGGAGCUGGUUUAGUUUACAACCAAACUUGUAACGCUUGUCUUAGCCCGGGAAGCCACAUAUAAACAUCCGAAGUAAUUUCAGGGUGUGUUUUGUGCUGGGAAGGUGUUUUUAAUUAUGGUCUAAUCGUGUUUAAUUUAUACUCUGUGUACUUGUGAAAAAAAAAAUACUUACUUUAACUUUUUUAUUUGGUGUUGUUCUGUGUAUUUAAGGUGGGCGGGGAACGCCCAUAUUGGGCGUUGUAUUGUUGGAACUACAUAUCUAACAAAAGUUUUGAAACUUGUAUUUUUAUUUUUGCGAACAACAAAGAGGCGAAAAAAUAAGCUGCUUAAUGCAGCGUAAAUAUCACAGCUGCUGACUAUAACUGUCUCGUCGUAAUUAGAGAAUUUGUUUCAGUCAGAAUAACACGGUGAUCGGAAACUGUUAUAUUUUACACCAUUGUGAGUGCGCCCAUCUUUAAUUAUUAAAACAACAAGGUUGUUAUUUAAACGAUGUUUUAAUGAGCGACAAUUAAUUUAAUCACCUAAUUUAUCGCCUUAAUGAGCUACAGAAACUAAUUGACCGAUAGUACGGAAGCGAGGCUACUAUGUCUUUAUUUUUUGUCUACAAGUAUGUAAUAAAAAUUACUAAUCGUGACAUUAUCUAAUAAUAUUAUAAGCCAUUUCCUAUUUUUGAUGACUCAAACGUAUUUGCAA